AUGCAUUUAUUUGUCACAGGGACAAUACCUCGCAGAGCUAUUGCAGAAAGUAAACAUGAUGAACCUGAAGUCCAGUCCAACACCUUGACCGCCGGUAGAACUUUGUCUGGUCAUGAUGGAACAAUUUUGGAAAAUCCUACUCUCUAUAGAAGUGUGAUUGGAGCACUACAAUAUUUAAGUCAUACCAGGCCAGAUAUCUCUUUCUCAGUAAACAAACUAAGCCAGUUCCUCAAGGCUCCCACAAUGGUACACUGGAAUGCAGCCAAGCGAAUUUUAAGAUACUUAAAAGGAUUCUCUGAUGCAGAUUGGGCUUGUUGCCCGGAUGAUAGGAGGUCAGUUGGGGGCUACUGCGAGUUCCUAGGUGAUACACUAAUGUCCUGGUCUUCAAAGAAGCAAUCGGUAGUGGCUAGAUCAAGCACUGAAUCAGAGUAUAGGGCACUUGCACAUUUGGCUGCUUAA